CUUCAAAGAUACCUCUCAUCCAACGCGUCAACUCACGAGGUGAGAGGUAUCUUUGAAGCUAUUAAACCGAUGGAAUCUCUCUCAGUGGAGGAUCUUGUUCGUAUUUGGUCGCAUGAAGCUUUGCGCUUGUUCCAAGAUCGUCUUGUUACCGAAGAAGAACGCAAAUGGACUGAUGACAACAUCGAUUCUAUUGCCAUGAAGCACUUCCCCAGCCUCAAUCAAGACGAAGCAUUGGGUCGACCGAUUUUAUCUCGAACUGGUUAUCGAAGUAUUACAUCCCUGUUGACCGUGAAGAACUGA